AUCAAAGAUAUCUAAUAAUUUAAUGAAAGUGAUUUUUCGUCAUUAUGUGAGGGAAAGAAAUUGUUUGUUUAUACAAUCCUCGAAGAAAUAAAUACAAACAUGUUAAUGAUUUUCAAUAUUUGAGUAAUUAAGUUUUAUUGGUGAUAAACUUGAGGUAAGCGAAAUAACGUUAACAAAGUUAACAAUACAAAACAUUUUGAUGUGGUUCAAGGUCAAGAAAAUUUUGCUGUUCAUCGCUAGAACGUAAUAUUUGCUAUUAUGAUAUGCAGAAUAUUAGUUCUAAGAACAGCCUGAACAAGGGCCCAGAUGUGAAGAUUUUUUGCUCGAAUGCACAAUGUCAAGUCGUCAACGAAGAAUUAACAAAUUUAUGUCAACAAGUGACAGACCUAAAAGAAACGGUUGCAUCAUUAGAAAAUAUUAUACAAAUAAAAGAUAUACAAUUGCAAAAAAUGCAACGAGAAAAUGAACGAUUGUCGACCGAAUUGAAGAAACAACAAAGACAUAUCAAGAACCUCAAACGUAAGAUUACAAAAAAAUCAUUUAAGUUCAUCGCGAUCUUUAAAUGCAUCGACUUAAUUUUAGAGCAGUUGGAUGAUGAGAGGUUCCUCUAUCAAAAAGAAAAGGAUUCUUUUAACAAUGAAAUACAAAGACAGAAGACACGGUGUGCAAGUGGUGCUUCGAAAUUACAUCAACAACGAAAAGAAUUUGAGAUAGUACGAGAAUGUUUGGAAGAUGAGAAUAAGUCGCUUAGAGAAGAAUUAAAUGAGAAAAUCGAAACAACGUAUAAUUUGUGUAUAAAGUUUUUGCGAAUGAAAUAUGCUAAAGAUUCGUUGAGGCAAAAAUUUGAUCAAUUAUUGAAGGAACACUUGCAAGUAAUAACGGAUAUGAUGGAGAAACUAGAUGAAGCAAGAGAAGAACUUAAUAUAAUUGUAUCCGAAAAGUUUCAAGAGCCUCUGCCUUUAAGUAAAGCAAGAUUUUUACAGGUGGUACAAAGAAAUGCACGAUUAGUUCAUGAAAAUGCGACACUUAAGGUACAAAUACAACAUUUGACUUUAAAUAUUGAGAGAUUAAAGAGUUGUGUGCAAAAACCGAAAUCAAUAAAUGUAGAUGCAAAUAUUAUUGCGAAAUUAGCAGAACAAAGUAAAAAAAGAUGUAGUAAAGAAUCUACAAAAUGGAUACCGAUUCAUUUAUUUGAAAAUGAAAUUGAAAAAACUUUAUCAUUUACUAAACCAUCAGAUCUUCAAAAUUUCGUCAAUUAUUCUGAAGAUGUAAAAUUAGUAUCUAAAAUUCGAUCGAAUAAAUUAAAAGGGUACUCCAAUACUGCUAUACGAGAAGUUCAAACUAAAGAUACAUGGAAAUCGGGAACAGUACGCGCUCGCAGCGCUCCGGAAAUUCGAUUAACGGAAGGCCGAGCAAGCUCUUCCGAUAUUAUUUUAGCAGAGUCUUCAAUGGAUGUACGACAUAUCUCAACAAAUACUUGACAAAUAUUAUUAAAUUUAAGACGUUGUAAAAAUGUAAAUGUUACUAUUAUCUUUUUUUAUAUUAUUUAUUUAUUGUUAAAAAGAUAUCGACUGUAGAAUGUAGAAUGUGAUGUAUCGACUGUGUAGAGUAAGUGGCGCUAAAGUAAAUCAUUUAAAUUUUGUUCACUAGAGGGCGAUUUCGGUAUGAAACGGUUUUGAUAUUUUCAGUGUAACAUCGAAAUGUGUGUGUUAGUUAUGUUCAGUGCACAUAAUUUUUUUAUAAAAAUAAUUUAAACAAUUUUUUGAAGAUAAAAGUGUAGGAACAAACGACAACAAUACGAAGCAUUUGGAUAAGGAUAAAAUAUUUUAAAGAAAUAUUCUUCUUUUUCGUAAGUAAUAUGGCGUAGUAUUAUCAAAUUAAAAGAAAUUCUUGUUUAAAAUGAAACAUAAAGCUAAUUGUAUAUCAUAGUAAUGAUUUAUGAGAAAUUCAAUAGCCGUCCAAUGCAAAUUAAAAUUAAUAAUCAUAAAAUUAGCGAAUCUCAUAAAUUCAGUUACGAUAUUCGAAUACACAAUAACCAUAAGAUAUGCAUAUGCAACUGGAACUAUCUGGAAAUUAAAAAUAUUUACGAUAAAAAACAUCUAACGAGUUGUUUUGAAACGAUAUCUAAUCUUAAUCAUUAAAGAAAUACGAUUUCUAUUGAUAUAAAAUAUUACGAAAACGAGAGAAAAUUGACGAGAUAAAUUGACCACAAUAAAAUACGAUAGUUUUAAUUAUAUUAUGGAUAUAUAUAUUAUAUUUAGAUAUUCAUCUAUAGCAACAAAAGUAAAAUUAUGACGAGAAAUUGGCAAAAUCUUUCUUAUACUUGUAAAUAUCAUUACAGAAAGUUCAUGAUUACGUUAGAACGACGAGAAUUGUCGAUAUGUGUUAGUAUGAGAAUGUGAGUAAGAACGCAAGAGAGAGGAUCAAGUAUGUUCGUCUCGUUUUAUCUUGCUCGUUCUCGUGCGGCGAGGAGCCGGUUCGAGGCGAAGCCGGGUUUUAACGAUCGGUCAUUAAGUCGCGAAGAAAAUUGAGACGUCCACCUCUCGGUGAGCUCAUACCCAAUUGAGUAGCGGCCUUAAUACCCCUUAUGUAUUAUCCGGUAGGCGAAGCACCUUGUUAAACGGAUCCGCCAUUUCUUCUUCUCACUUCGUGUUUUUCCACGAUGAUCAUGGUUCAAUCGAAAACUCGUCACUACCGCUAACAAUUCUCGCUCUCCUUUCUUUUUUUCUUUAACAUUUUUUUUACAAAAAUUUAGAUUUUCAU